AGUGAUCAGCCGCAGUAUCUCCUCACUUUAACUCUGGGGUUUGUCCAGAAAUGAAGAAUACUCACACAAUGAACUGUUAUCUUUCAAAUCUAUCGUAUUUCGUCUUGCUUGCUCUACUGGGUAUGUAUACGUUAUACUUUUGUUCUGUGUUAACUGUUUUUGUUUUCGUUUAUGGAAGUAUUAAUUUUAAAUUACUGGGCCUGUUGUUGUUAACUCUAUAAAAAUAUAUAAUACGCAUUUUGAUUGGUCAACUUUCGCACUAACUGCAGUUAGUUUUUAAAUUAAUUACAUUUUUAUUGUAUACAACCGGACCCUGGUCGGCUGGUGACUAGAUAAAUCAUUCUCGUUAUUCUCCGUACGUAUAAGCUUCCGCCUAUAACUGCAUGUGAAAUAUAUAUGUAGGCUUACUGCACGACAAUACUCCUUCAACCUUCGCCAUUUCCCUUUUUCAACUUUAUCGCUAAAAGUCCGCAUCCUCCAUUUUCCCAAAGAUCAUGAAAAACCGAGUAACUGAAUUGUAUUUUGUUCCAUCGUCGCGGUCUUCCAGUUUAAUUAAGGACACUUGUUAUCUGUGAUGUCAAUACUGCAAUGCUUUUAAUAUUAAACGGAACUGGGAUAGACAUUGAAUUUGCGCUCAUUCUGCGUAGGUUAUGUUGCAUGCGUAAGCAGUAUACUGUAUAAUUUGUCUUCUUUUAAUUAAGGUGUGUUUACAUGCAUGUUACUGAUUUUUUGAUAAUUUUCCCGCAAAAGAGGAAAUUCAGAGCAUGUGCAAGUGCAACGAAUCAGUUAAGAAACUCGCAGGCAGAAAAUAUAGCGCGGACACCGCAGUAAUUGUUGCUAUUCGUGUGUGUCAAGUGAUAAGGGAAUAUACAUUUAUUACGCCGAGGGGGAGGGGAUGAAAAUGUCUUGAAAAAAGCUCUCACCGCAAGUCCGCUGGAAAAUACGAGCCUGCGGUACUGGGAGAAAUUUUCUGAAUAUGACCAGCGUGAUUCAAGGCCAAGGGGUCCCGCGGGGGCGUGGCCCCUGUAAAAAUUUUAAAACUAGAGUCUCUGAAAUGCCAUUGCAUGCACUUUAGAAGGAGAUUUACAGAGUUCUAAAGGUACUUCACCAAGAUAGAUAAUAAGUUAUAUAUAUUGUUAUUCCAAUGAGUUUCCAAACCAUCUAUUCAAAUUUUAUUUGUUCGUAUUUACAAGUUAUUUUAUUUGUUCGGGAGUGAACACUCCCGGCCCCUACUGGACCAAAACUAUGAAAAGUUUAUAGCCCCCCCCCCCUUCGGUAUAUCGAGAACUUUCAAUUUCAGAGCCCCCCCUUAAUGCCAGAAAAUCUUUCGGUGCCCUCCUUAACAUCUUCAUCCCCCCCCCCCCUCCGGCAUAGUAAGUGUAAAUGUUAAUGCACUUUUUAUAAUCUUAUAUUUUAUAGCUAUAUAUAUUAGUUGGUUUAAAAAUGCUCAUAUAACAAUAUUGCCAAGAAGGAUUGCGCGUAUUUCGCUUUUCCUUUAUCCGAAGCGGCUGUUUAAACUGACAUGUUAAAACAUAGUAUUUUUGUGAUUUUUUUUACCCUCGAUCAAUAGAUAAACUCCAUUGUUCUUAAUAGUGUCAAUGUUGUCAGUGCUGUUUACCUUGCCUGGUGUUAUGUAAACUUUGCCAGAAAGGUUCAUAUUGGGUACAAGUUAAUUAACAGCUAAAAGUUACAAGGUCUAUACCACUGUAGAGAACGGACCACUGCAUGUAUAUGCUGCGCAUAUACAAAAAAAAUGUCAAAAAUAUGAGGAAUAAGACGCUGCUUGAUCUUCCGACGUCCCUGCAUGCAUAUAUUCUUGCACACUACAAAUAUCAAAUAUGAGACUUAUUGUCAAGUUCUAAAAGAUGCGUGUAAAACUAAGUACGUUUAAAUUUUGAGAAGGAUAUUAUUUCUCUAAUGUUUAAAGGUAAAUAAUUGCAGUCUUUUGCACCAGCAUGACUUAAAUGUUGAUUGACCUAUUGCACUGUUCACCUUAAGCCGGUUUUUUUAACUUAAGCCGAUUUUCCAUUAGGCGGAAUUUUGCGCGCGGAGCGGAAUUUUUCUUUGUCUUGUGAUUCCUCAGGUGGAACUAAUUAGAAAAGACAAAGAAAAAUUCCGCUCCGCGCGCAAAAUUCCGCCUAGUGGAAAACCGGCUUUAGCGAAGCAUCUGAAGUUGGGGGGAGGGGGGUGGGGUGUCGGAGGAUUUUACCUGAAUAAUUUAAACUUCAUUGUUAAAAAUUUACCGGCCUGAAAUGUAUUAAUUAUAAUAGAGAACUUUUUCGAUUGAUUUCCAUUGUCGUACUAGGUUUCUGAAGAAGAGGGGGUCUUGGGGGGGGGUUCUCCCCCAGAACAUUUUUACAUUUUUGAAGCUCCAGGACUGCGUUUCUGGCGUUGGAUCUAAAUUGACUGUAUUUUACAAAAAUGGUUAUCAUUUCACAAAAAUAAAUAUGCAAUUUAUGCAACGCAAUAAAUUGUGGUUAAUCAGUGAAGUAAUAUGUCCAAGAAGACUCUACUUGCCUUAUGGAAAUGCCAAUCUGUCAUCAAAACUACUGCACUUGGAGAACAAAGCAUUACUUUCUAAUCAUGCUGCCAAAAGAGAUUGAACCUUGGCAACAGCACGUGAACAAGUGAUGCACUUGGGUUUAAUCAAUCAACUCUUCUUAAAUAUAUCCGUCGCAACAAUACAAUAGCCCUAUUCUUAAUGAAAGACAUUUAGUUACAGGCUAUAUGCUUCACGCCUCAAUCGCAAUAUUUUAACCAGAGCGUAAGCUACCAAAACCUGGUAUACAAAAAAAAACCCAACCCACCACCCCAGAGCCGACCCUGCCUGCUUAUACUAUCUAUAGAUCGACAUGCUUUCGAUCUAUACAAUCCAAUUCAGCCUAAUUGCUUAACCAUUUAUGUAAAUAUAUAACUUACACAUCUGUACCAGAAUUGCAGAAUGAAAUAAAUAAAUAAUGGCAGGGAAGUGCUGUCCUUUUGGACAACACUUCGCCACCUGAAGUGUAUUUUUGCAGGUCAUUCAGGUCGCAGUGCGACCUAAUGACCUGACCUAGAGACUAGAUGGGUAAGUCAUUUUAGUUGAGUUACCAUCAGUUGUUCACCAGUUCAACUAGUACUCAACAUCAACGAGCUGACUGACCUGAACGGGGGUUCGCCUGUUCCCCUGUUAUCUGUGAAACAGCACUUCCCUGCCAUUAUUUAUUUAUUUCAUUAUUUAUUUAUUUCAUUCCCACCGUGUCUGCCCUUACCUCCAUAUCUCAGAACUGGUUCGACUCAACGGACAACUCCUCAACCGGUAGACAAGGUGUCCACGCCCUAUUUGUUGAUUUCCGGAAGGCGUUUGACUUGGUCGACCAUAAGAUCCUUCUGGACAAGCUUGCUGAUAUGAAUGUAACAAGGAGUUUCUGGUUAUGGAUAAUGAGUUUUCUGGAGGGAAGAACACAACCGGUAAAUCUCCCAGGUGUACUAUCCUUUACUGCAUCAUGCCCAGCCGGCGUCCCUCAGGGAUUUGCUAUCUCGCCGACCCUAUUCAACAUACAUAUUAACGAUAUGGAGGAAAAUGUUUCUGAACAGGCAUGUGUCAACACAACCAAAUAUGCGAACGAUUGCACCAUGGAUACGUCCAUAAGAUUAGGAGAAUCUAGCGAUUUGCAAAGCGCUCUGGACUCAGUGCAAAGUUGGGCUGUGGAAAAUAAGAUGGAACUGAAUGCCAAAAAGACAAAAGAUAUGUGGAUUAACUUCACCGAAGCACCGCCCCCUCUACCACUGCAUAUAGGAGAUCCUAUCAUAGAAAGAGUCGAUAAUUUCAAACUCUUGGGAACCUGGUUUCAAAAGGACCUGAAAUGGAAUAAACAUGUCGAGGAGACCACUCGCAAAGCAGCUAAAAACCUGUACUGCCUACGAGAAUGUAGAAGAGCGAAUCUACCAGUCGAAGUGGGUCUCACCACUUAUUUAACUAAAAUCAGGCCUAUCCUUGAAUAUUGUUCUCCAGUGUGGGGUGGUCUGCCACGAUAUCUAAAGGACGAAUUGGAACGUGUGCAAAGGAGGAGUCUACGAAUUAUUGGCCUCCCGCAUGGUUACCUACCAACUCUCGAAGAGAGAAGAGUUGAAGCCACAUCGAGAGAACUCGAUAAUAUCUUAGGUGACUAAGUCAUAUCUUUUAUCAACGAACUAUGGAACAACAUAAGAAACAUAACUAUAAUCUUAGGCGUAGAGACGGUAUAUUUAAAUACGCACCUUUCUCAGGCACUGAACGACACAGAAAUAGUUUUGUCCCACGAGCAAUGAGACAGGGGUUGCAUUAAAACCUAACUUGGUUUUUAUUAACUUUUUAAAUAAUUUCCUAGACUUUUAAAUUUUUUACUCCAAAUUGUAUAUAUAUAAAUUUUAAAUAGUUUGUAAAUAUUAUUGCAUGCUUAGUUAUGCUCUUCUCUUUUAAUAGACAUAUUUGUAAAUCCAUUGUAUUUUUAAUUAAACUAAAGAUGGAUCAAUAAAAUCAUCAUCAUCAUCUAGAGGUUCACCUGUUCCUCUAUGAAAAACCUACAGUUUUUGCAUGCUCUGUCAGGUCUUCAGUACCCAUACUGUCUCAGUAUACCAAUGGUGGUCCCCAGACCAUCAGGACUCAUAUGUCGCUGAACAACAUGCACAGAGCCGCGUCAUUCCCUCUGCAAUCUAGAGGUCUGCCUGUUCCUCUAGGUAAAACGUAGGUUAGCGAGAGCAUCUAGACCGUUCUGAGCACUUUCUUGCCCAUAAUAUAUGCCACAAAAACCUGUCUGCUGUGUGUUUUUGUUUUCUGGGUUUUUUUUCAAACUGCGGUUCGGAUGCCAGUUAUUUCAACAUAUUAAACUUCAUUGACGUAACGACUUUAUUACGCAAAUUUUACCUGAAAAUCUCAAAAUUUUAACUUGAAUUUUACCUGAUCAUGAUAUUACCUGAUAUUUACUAACGUUGAUAAUUGUAAUCACUGUUCUCCCGUUUAAUAAUACCAGCAGCAUUGCUGAUAGCAUUUUUAACAGUUUAAAUAAGUUAUAAUUAAAUAAAUAUUAUUGUUAUUAUUUAUUAUUAUUAAAAAUGAUCGUGUUACCACGACAACCACUGCUGAUACUUCAUGUUUGAAAAAAACAUAGCGGUUUGAUUGGCAAGGCGUGGGGUUGUGCAUGCAAAUAUUUCUGGUAAUAUUAAUGUUUAAUCAGAGAAACUGAAUGACAGAUUGAAAUUUGUUCAUUAAAUGUAAAUUGUCGGCAGUAUAUACAGUGUCAGUGAGAAGUUUUCUACGUAUCUUAAAGAACGCAAUUCCAGAAAUGAGAAAUACUCGUGCAUAGUUCCAUAUUCUUCACUGAGUUCCUUCUAUUUAUCAUCAGUUGACCUAUCUAUAAACCCAUGAUAAUGUCGAGCAAUUUCCAUCAACGUCGGGCAAAUUUUGUCUGCCAUGCAACCUAAAUUUUCCCCGCCUACGAUAAGGUGUGUGUCGGAGAUCUUCAAAGUUUUAUAUUAAUUUCGACUGCUUGUAUCAUUUUAAAUUCGAAAAUGGUGCAAAUUAUUAAAUUGGAGUUUCGAUUUACUAGUUUCAUCAUAUUUGAAAUUUUAGCCAGAUAACUUUAGUAAAUAUCUCUAUUUUUACUUUGUACUAUCCUUGGGAUCUCUCUUUUUCUUAAGAUACUGUCCAUGGCCUUUUUGCAGAGUGAUUGUAUACCACUCUUUGCCUUUCCUGUGGGUUUUCUCCCACUGAUUUCUCUAACUUAUUUUCCCAAAGUCAGACCCACACCCAUUUUUCUAGCCUGGCUAACACGCUGUUUAAUAACUUAUUUUCACAGCGCGGCAAGGAGAUUGUCAGUACAGUAGUAGUAGAUGUCGCGUUCCUAUAAAACAAACGUCAGGCCACUUUGUACUUGAUGCCAAUCAUGGAUCAUGGCCAGGUAGCGGAUUUUGCCAAGCAAUCAGCACGAAAAGCAUCCAAACAAACUCCUACCGAGUAGAAGCACAACUUUUGAACCACAAAGGCUGGAGAGGAGUUAACAGUGGUCAUCUUGGCCUUAUUUAUAACGCUAAAGACUGGAGAAAUUAUGAUUUCGUCUAUUUCAGGUACGUUCAUCUACAAAUACAAACAUAUAUGUACAUUUUAAUUGAAAAACACUGUAAUGUAAGGAAAUUACAGUGUUUUUCCUUAUAUUAAGUGUUUAAAAACACUUAAUGUUUGAUCAAAAUUAGGUAAUUAGUUUUGUUUUCCCGAGAGUCUCAAAGUUUCCCAACGAACUCGAGGGGAACAUUGAGAUUCGAAGGGAAACAAAACUAUUUCCCGAGGGAACAGACAUUAAUGUUAUAUAGCGACGAAGAAAAAAUAAACAACAUUCUGAAAUCAAAUAUAUUUCAUGACCAAACAUCUUUAAUGUAAAUGAUUUUAACAGUAUAAAAGGACCUGAUUUCAGCGAGAAUUUAAAGAAAAUUAUUUCAACAGCAAUUCCUGUUGCCUAAUGGGUAUUUUCCUUUUCUGUUAGAUACCGUAUUCUUUGUCUAAACAGGAAAACAUUUAAAAUAUUCUUGUAAAACUUUUUACUCCAUUUCGAUCGUUUAUGCAUGUAGAACGUAGCCGGUCGUUAAAUUUGUUUCUCCUUCUCUUUCGUUAUCUUUUUGUUCUUUGUUAUGUUCGUAUUCUUUUCUCUUUGCUUAGUUUCGAUUUUCCUUACAUUAACGAUGUUUAUACAAACAAUUCCAAACUAAAACAACACAAAACAGAUUAAGCGGCCUGCAUAUCAUUCAUAAACGUUCGGAGCGUCGCUCUAGGACGAAAGGCCUUCGUUCGAAAGUCUUAGCUUUGUUACACUUUCAGGUAGUUGAAUCCUUAACAAUCCGUUGUUUUCUGGGGUAAAAACAUAACCUGACGCAGGAACAUGUGAUUGAUGCAAUAGAAAAAACCCAACUCGAACAUAACACAUAUUAAGUCCAACGAAUUUUGAUUUGAGUGAAAUUUAAAAAGGAGAACAUUGUUUAACACAUUUGACUCAGGGCAAAACUCGUUGGAAAAAAUCUGUCAUACGCAUACAUAUACAAUAAUCAUAAUCGUUCUUCUUCAACACAAAUUCUUUAUUUUCGCAGACCUCACAGUAAAAAUGGAUGUUUUCAAACCGGUUAUACUGUGAAUGGAGUUCCUACAUUCACAAAUGGAAUAUCAGCAGCUUGUCCUGGUCAAAAUCCGCCUUUAGGUGGCCAGUGGUUUGAUGUGCGCAUUGAAGUAAACAACAACAAGGCCAAGAUUUAUUUGGCAGGAAAAUUGGUGAGACAGGUUACACCACGUUAUCCAGGGAAAGGACAAGGAGGAGUAUUGGUAGCAAACGGUUACAAAAAUAUUGCGUACUUUAGAAAUUUCGAUAUCACUCACUACCACAAUGAUUACUUAAUAACAUCCUGUGUUGUGGCAUCUAGUGGAACUGCAGGAAGUCAUUUCGUAUUGGAUGCAAACCAUGGAUCAUGGCCAGCAAGUGGAUUCUGUUCUGCUUUAAACGAUAAAGAUACAUUGAAUAGCAACAAGUACGCGAUCUCAGCCCAACUGUUUAACAAGGUUGGUUGGAAUGGCGCCAAUUCUGGACAUCUUGGUCUUCUUUACAACGCAAAAGACGAGAACAAUUACGAUUUUGUUUACUUCAGGUAACCGGUUAUUGUUAUCAUGUUGUGCCAAUUGCUUAGAUCCUACACUCCCCUCCCCCAAAAUUGAUAUAUAGCCUAUGAUAAUGGUAAGUAGGUAUAUAAUUGUGUUUAUUUUUUGUUGCGUGUAAAUUUGUUUCUUCCUUUUUAUUUUUGUUAUGUUUUUGUUCUUUGUUCACAUUCGUGCAGUAGAAAAACCCCACUCGAACAUAACAUUUUACCGAAAACGUCCAACGAAUUUUGAUUUGAGUGAAAAGUCAGGAACAGAACAUUGUUUAAUGUACUGGACUAUGUCGGAAAACCCUUGCGAAAAAUAUUGACAUAAGCCUACAUAUAAAAUCAUUCUUCUUCAACACAAAUUCUCUAUUUUUGCAGACCCCACAGUUCAAACGGAUGUUUUCAAACGGGUUAUACUGUGAAUGGUGUUCCUAAAUUCACAAAUGGAAUAUCAGCAGCUUGUCCUGGUCAAAAUCCUCCUUUAGGUGGCCAAUGGUUUGAUGUGCGCAUUGAAGUGAACAACAACAAGGCGAAGAUUUAUUUGGCAGGAAAAUUGGUGAGACAGGUUACACCACGCUAUCCAGGGAAAGGACAAGGAGGAGUAUUGGUAGCAAACGGUUACAAAAAUAUUGCGUACUUUAGAAAUUUCGAUAUCACUUAUUACGAUAAUGAUUACCUAAUAAGGUCGUGUGUUGUGAAAAAUAGUGGUUCAUUUGGGAACCACAUUGUGUUGGAUGCAAAUCAUGGGACAUGGCCAGCCAGUGGAUUCUGCUCUGCUCUAAAUGAAGGGAGUGUGUUGAGCGGAGUACACUAUGUGGUCUCAGCCGAACUGUUUAACAAGGUUGGUUGGAAUGGCGUCAAUUCUGGACAUCUUGGCCUUCUUUACAAUACGAAAGAUGAGAAGAACUACGACUUUGUUUACUUCAGGUAAUGUUCUUAUUAAAAGUACACUGAAAGUAGAACGUAAAUUACCAUCUGCGCCUUAGGCGUUUAUUGUAUUUAUUUGUGUAGUUAUUAUAAAACCUUAGGCGUUUAUUAGAUUUUAGUAUAAUUAUAUAGGUGAUUAUCGAAAAUUCUCCACGCUGAUUGGUUGCCGUUAAGGUGAUUAUAACGCGAUAAUCACCUCGCCUUCGGUGAAUAGUUGUUAAUUAACAUUUUAUGUACCGAAUGAGAACAUUAUUCUUAGAACUUAUUCCUCAUUUUGCAGACCCCACAGUUCAAACGGAUGUUUUCAAACGGGUUAUACUGUGAAUGGUGUUCCUAAAUUCACAAAUGGAAUAUCAGCAGCUUGUCCUGGUCAAAAUCCUCCUUUAGGUGGCCAAUGGUUUGAUGUACGUAUUGAAGUAAACAACAACAAGGCGAAGAUUUAUUUGGCAGGAAAAUUGGUGAGACAGGUUACACCACGUUAUCCUACGAAAGGACAAGGAGGCGUGUUGGUAGCAAACGGCUACAAGAACGUUGCUUACUUUAGAUCAUACAAAAUAUGCUCAAAUUAAAGCGAAGAAUUUGCACAACUUUUUUUAUCGGAAUGAUUUUUAACGGAAUAAUCACAACUUUUUUAAUUAAACGGAAUAAUCACACCUAGGUUGUUUUAUGCAUAAACAUAAUGUCACUUUAGUUUUAUCAAAACCUGUAUAUUGUUGGAAGCCUUACUUUUCGCGCGUUCUCGUUUCAACGUCCUGUACCGGGACUUAUGGUCAGGUUGUGUAUGGUUCGUGAAACUAGAAAUAGGUAUUGUUCAAUAAAUAUGCUUUAUUCAGAUUGUUGUUUAAAUAUUAUAUCUUAGAGAAUAGUUUAUGUUUUAUGUACAGGUCUUGUAUGCCAUG